UGAAUGACCUCGCGCGAGGGUGUUUCUGGAAGAAAGGCUUUAGGAACCCGAGCUUGUGAAGAAGAAGAAGCUUGUGUGUGUGUGUGGCCUCUUCGAUCGUGCGCGCUCUUCCCCACACUUUCCGUGAUCCAUUUCUUCUUCCACCAUGGCCACCACGGGGGAGUUGAUCAAGGCAGACGCCAUGGAAGAAAAAGGCGAGAGAGCAAGGAUGGCUUCCUUUAUUGGUGCAAUGGCAAUAGCAGACCUUGUCAAAAGCACCCUUGGACCUAAGGGAAUGGAUAAAAUUCUUCAAUCUACUGGUCGCGGCCACAGCGUGACGGUUACGAAUGAUGGAGCCACUAUAUUGAAGUCGCUACACGUUGAUAACCCCGCUGCCAAAGUCCUUGUUGAUAUUUCCAAGGUCCAAGAUGAUGAGGUUGGAGAUGGUACAACAUCUGUGGUAGUCUUGGCGGGGGAGUUGCUAAGAGAGGCAGAGAAGUUGGUCGCUCUCAAGAUUCACCCAAUGACCAUUAUCGCCGGAUAUCGCAUGGCUGCUGAGGCUGCACGUAGUGCUUUAGAAGCUGCUGUUCGUGACAACAGAGAUGACUUUGAGAAAUUCAGGUCUGACCUUGUUAACAUUGCUAUGACGACGCUGAGCUCCAAAAUUCUAUCACAGGACAAAGUACAUUUUGCUAAUCUUGCUGUUGAUGCUGUACUUAGACUCAAGGGCAGUUCAAAUAUGGAGGCCAUUCAGAUCAUUAAGAAAUGUGGCGGAGCACUGAAGGAUUCCUUUUUGGACGAGGGGUUUAUUCUGGACAAGAAGAUCGGAGUCGGUCAACCCAAACGGAUUGAAAAUGCCAAAAUUCUUGUGGCUAAUACUGCCAUGGAUACUGACAAGGUCAAAAUUUAUGGUGCACGUGUGCGUGUGGACUCCAUGUCAAAAGUGGCGGAUAUCGAGGCAGCUGAAAAAAUCAAGAUGAGAAAUAAGGUUGAUAAAAUUAUAGGGCAUGGCAUUAAUUGUUUCGUCAACAGACAACUCAUUUACAACUACCCGGAGGAGCUCUUCGCAGAUGCAGGGAUCAUGGCUAUCGAGCAUGCUGACUUCGAUGGUAUUGAACGCUUGGCACUCGUGACAGGAGGCGAAAUUACCUCAACAUUUAAUGAUCCCGAGAAUGUUAAGCUGGGUCAUUGUAAAUUAAUUGAAGAGAUCAUGAUUGGUGAAGACAAACUUAUCCAUUUUUCAGGUGUUGCAAUGGGGCGGGCUUGUACCAUUGUCCUACGUGGUGCCAGUUCACAUGUGUUGGAUGAAGCUGAGCGGUCACUUCAUGACGCACUCUGCGUACUGGUUCAGACAGUUCAGGAUAGCCGUGUCAUCUGGGGUGGUGGAUGGCCAGAGUUUUUAAUGUCUAGACGUGUGGAGGAACUUGGGCGUAAAACCCCAGGGAAGAAGUCGCUUGCUAUUGAUGCUUUUGCGACUGCUUUGCGAGCCAUUCCUACCAUCAUUGCAGACAACGCUGGAUUAGACAGUGCGGAUCUGGUCUCCCAAUUACGUGCAGCUCACUCAGCAGAUGGUUGUAGGUCCGGCAUUGACAUCAUAUCUGGAAAGGUAGGAGAUAUGGAGAAGCUUGGCAUCUAUGAGGCAUUCAAGGUGAAGCAGGCGGUUCUAAUGUCUGCUACUGAAGCCUCCGAAAUGAUCCUGCGCGUGGACGAGAUUAUCAAGUGCGCACCUAGACAGAGAGAAGACCGAAUGUAAGCAUUGUGACCACAUUAAAAAAAACAAAAAAAUGGAGUAUUGAUUUUGAGGAUUGAACGACUCAAACUAUCUUUUUCCCGCACGCUACAUCUUCAAGCCUGUGCAUCAUGAAUUGGCAUCAUCAGCCUGAUCAUCAGCUUAGUGUUCAAGGGUAGGUGUAGAUACUGUCUCCACAAAUUAAAUUAGGUGAGCCUCGGUUGGAUCCUGUAUGCUACCUGCUUACUAGAAGGUAUUUCUGCAAAAGAGUAAUCUCUAUACUAGGUUGUGUUAGAGGCAUGGGACAUGUAGGUUGCCUAUAUCUGGUACCCAUUUUGAAACUAAACAAAUUAGUGUGUGACUGGUAUUAGGAACACAUUAGCUCCACUCUUUUGAGGGGUAGCUUUUCGUAUAUAUGUGGGUUAAAAGUUGUCAUUCUCUUGUCGCUGGAGUAGCAGGACGAAGUCCAGUUGGGUUGUGUACUUCACAACAUGCGUAUUUGCUCGUCUAUAUUUGUUGUCAGAGUAAAUUUAAGAUGUGUAUUUGUCCUUCUAAUCGUAGUUUAAUAGUGCCUGAAAUUUAGUUCUUCUUUCACUAUGCACUUAAAAGCCAACCUCUGUAGUUCAAACUUUUGAAGUGUAUUUAAUACACAAAGUAUUUCAA